AUGAUGGUUCACCAAUUUCAUAUUAUUCUCAUAUUAGUUCUUAUUCCAUUUGUUGAAAACACUCAUUUUCGUGGUGGUACUAUCACUUGGCGUCCCCUUAAUACUACUCCUUCAGGAGCUACAGUUCAAAUGCAAAUUCGUCAAAGAUACUCAUGGAAUCGGGCUUCUGUUUUUUGCAAUGAUACAUACAUUGCUUCACUCACUCAAAUCGGUGAUAAUACUUCUGUCAGUUGCGUCUCUGGAACUUGUUCUACUUGGAACUCAAAUUUGAUCUAUACAAAAACCUAUUGUACUGAUUAUAGUAUUAAUGGCAGUGUUAGCUCUGGUGAAAUAUAUUAUAUACGUACAGUAUCAUUGAAUAUUGCUUUUAGUAUAGCUUUUGCCUCAGGUAAUUGGUUCGCAAGUCUUGUUGUUGGUGCUAAUGGUCUUUGGAGUGUUAUUAAUCGAAUCAAUACUAUUGUUCGUCCAGAUGGUUAUUUAAAUAAUAGUCCAGUCGCCACUACACUUCCUGGUGACCGAUGCGCGGCCAUGCCGAUAUCGGAUUUAGAUUCGACAGAUACAUUAAGAUGUCGUUGGUCUAUUGGCUCAACGACCAAUACUAAUACACACGAUGAAUGUGCAGAUGUAUGUAACGGUGUACCUGGCGCUGUAUUAUAUAAUGAUAACUGUACACUUGUAUUCACACUCACUCAAUCUGCUAAAUAUGUUGCAGUAGCCCUACAGAUUGAAGAUUAUUACACAUCAACAUCAUCAUCUCCAAUGAGCUCUGUACCUCUUCAAUUUCUUUUCUAUGGUUAUCUAGCACCUUCUGGUUGCAGUACACCACCAGCUAUUAUUGGUAAUCGACCCAAUCGAGCUUGUAUUGGAACACCGAUUGGUUCAAAUGUCACUGAAUAUGUGAUAGCACAAGUUUAUUGUCCUGGAAAAACUAUUACUGAUUUCGUUACAAGUUCUCCUGUUGGAUUAAGAAAAAGUAUCUACCGAAUUAUUCUUAGCUGGAUUCCCACAGCUACUCAAUUUGGUCCACAAGGUUUUUGUGCUGGUGCUGUCGAUAAUACAAAUGUUCAAUCAAAUCAAUGGUGUAUUACAUUCUUAGUUGGUUAUGAUUCUCCUAAUUUGAUUCAAGCUUCUUCUGUUCAAGGAACAGUUUCACCAAUUGGUACUAUAUUUGCUAAUCAUACUAUCUUUUCUAUUCAAGCAACUCGUCAAGUAAAUCGUCCAUCUCGAAAUUAUACAUAUGUGUAUUUUAAUGAUGUUGCAACUGGUACAAGUGUUUAUACAGUUGAUUGUGGUUGGGAUCCUCAUGUGAUGUACAGUGGAAAUACAAUUACAUUUUAUAUUCCAUCUCCACCUUGGAUUCCAGGACAUACAUAUUAUGUUACUUUUGAUAGUGGUGUGGCUAGUGGUACUGACUUCUGUAAACCUGAGUCAUCACCAAUCACUGAUCCUAACUUUUGGAGAUUCGAUAUUUGGAAUCCAGCUGUUUCAUCAACUACAACAACAACUACAACUCCACCAACUACUGGUACAGUAACAACAAGACCUAUAUCAACCACUACUGUUAAUACAUUGUUGACAACAACUGGUAUUGUGGCGACAAGUACAACAACAGUUAUGACAACCACAACUUCUCUCACAACUUCAACAACAACAACAACAGAAACUACAAGUACAGUCACUAUUCUCACAACUUAUCCACCAAUGGAUAUCAUGAGUCCGAAAGAUUUCGAAGAAGCAUGUAAAUCGCCAUUGGCGAUUAUGACUGCUGCAACGAUGUUGGUCAUGGCUGCUCUACAUGGAAUAUCUAUUUAUGUUUCUUUUAUUAAAUUUUCGACUUCGUUUGAUCCGAAUAUUAUUCAAGCCGAACAGAGGCAUCAACUACGAUCAAAAAACUCUCAUUAG